UGAUCAACUUUGCGCAUGUCCUCGCGUUUCGUGUCAGUCACUCACGAAUUACACAUUCCGUACGCUGGGUCAUCCAUCCCGACAACUGUUCUCUGGUUUAGUUCGCUACCGAAACACAAAAAAACACACAAAAUGUUCGCCUGUGCAAGAUUGAUCGCCCCAGCUGCCUUCAGGAGCGCCCUCAUCAACAACUCCAAACAAUACUUGAGACCGCUCAGCAGUGUUGUCAGCCAGAGCCAAUCUUUAGUCCAAAGCCCAGUUGUCCAACAACACCAGAAACCAACUUUCUUACCUGCUGUCCGCAGUUUCCAAACCACCCCAGUCACCAGGGACAUUGACUCUGCUGCCAAGUUCAUUGGUGCUGGAGCCGCCACAGUAGGAGUAGCUGGAUCCGGUGCUGGUAUUGGAUCAGUCUUCGGUUCUCUCAUCAUUGGUUAUGCCAGGAAUCCAUCCCUCAAGCAGCAAUUGUUCUCAUACGCCAUCUUGGGUUUCGCCCUUUCCGAGGCUAUGGGUCUCUUCUGUCUUAUGAUGGCUUUCUUGCUCCUCUUCGCCUUCUAAAUCACUGCCAUCCAGAAGGGCGUAAUUAAAUUAAUUAAGGAAAAUUAAUUUUUAAACACCACCACCUCAUUGUUAAAAAAAAAA